CUCACUUCUCCAUGCAGUAAAACUUCCGGCUGACACAUUUUUGUCCUGGAGUGUCGCCGUACUGUGACGUCACUCGACAGCGACGAGCAACAAUGGGACAAAGCCAGAGUGGAGGCCACGGUCCAGGAGGAGGCAAGAAGGAUGACAAGGAUAAGAAAAAGAAGUAUGAGCCUCCAAUACCCACCAGAGUUGGCAAGAAAAAGAAGAAGACCAAGGGACCAGAUGCCGCAAGCAAACUACCAUUGGUUACACCUCACACUCAGUGCCGCCUGAAGCUGCUGAAGCAGGAACGGAUCAAAGACUACCUGCUUAUGGAGGAAGAGUUUAUCAGGAACCAGGAGCAGAUGAAGCCCCUGGAAGAGAAACAGGAGGAGGAAAGGUCAAAGGUAGAUGACCUGCGGGGGACCCCCAUGUCUGUAGGCACGCUGGAAGAAAUCAUAGAUGACAACCAUGCCAUUGUGUCCACCUCAGUGGGAUCAGAGCACUACGUUAGUAUCCUGUCCUUUGUGGAUAAGGAUCUGCUGGAGCCAGGCUGCUCUGUCCUGCUCAACCACAAGGUUCAUGCUGUGAUUGGGGUACUGAUGGAUGACACUGACCCCUUGGUGACGGUGAUGAAGGUGGAAAAAGCCCCACAAGAAACCUAUGCUGACAUCGGAGGACUGGACAAUCAGAUCCAGGAGAUUAAGGAGUCAGUGGAGCUGCCUCUUACACAUCCAGAGUAUUAUGAAGAGAUGGGCAUUAAGCCUCCCAAAGGAGUCAUCUUAUAUGGACCACCUGGCACAGGUAAGACGCUACUCGCCAAGGCUGUAGCCAAUCAGACAUCAGCCACCUUCCUGCGCGUGGUGGGCUCAGAGCUGAUCCAGAAGUAUCUGGGAGAUGGACCCAAGCUGGUGCGAGAACUCUUCAGGGUAGCAGAGGAGCACGCCCCUUCAAUCGUCUUCAUCGAUGAGAUUGACGCCAUCGGCACAAAGAGGUACGACUCUAACUCCGGUGGUGAGAGGGAGAUCCAGAGGACCAUGCUGGAGCUGCUCAACCAGCUGGACGGCUUCGACUCGCGGGGAGACGUUAAAGUUAUCAUGGCCACCAAUCGGAUAGAAACACUCGAUCCAGCUCUCAUCAGACCCGGGAGAAUCGACCGUAAGAUUGAGUUUCCCCUUCCCGAUGAGAAGACCAAAAGAAGGAUCUUCCAGAUCCACACCAGCCGUAUGACAGUAGCAGAUGAUGUCACCCUCGAUGACCUCAUCCUGGCAAAGGAUGACCUGUCGGGAGCAGACAUCAAGGCCAUCUGCACAGAAGCAGGCCUCAUGGCUUUGCGAGAGCGCCGUAUGAAAGUCACCAACGAAGACUUCAAAAAGUCCAAGGAGAACGUUCUGUACAAGAAGCAGGAGGGCACGCCAGAGGGGCUUUACCUCUAACCUUUAAACAUUUUUGUUUUCUCUCAUCCUCCCCACCCCAUCACUAUCUAUCGCUGUGUGAAAGAGAGGAGGCAGCAGCUGAGACGCCUCCUCAGAGAGUUUGAUAUAUUUUGUGCAUGUCAUGUCUGGCUUAUCCCGCUCUCCUGUAACCGUUACGUGUUAAAACAAUAAAUGACAAAAUAUAAUAUCUAA